AUGGAGGGUGAAGCUGCUCCCUGUCAGAAGAUGUCAGCUUUGGAGAACCAACCACAUUUGACCUGCCAGGAGUUAAGUAAGCAAUGCAAUGAUGUUGAUUCCAGUUCCUCACAGCUAUGCAAUCGCUGGGCACGCAGGAGUCUUCGUAAAAAUGCACCAAGUGGAUCAUAUCAGCCGAGCAUAUACAGAAAGGUCUCGGUCGGGAGUAUAUCACAGAGCUCAGAUCCUCAUCCUGUUGGCGAGCCAUCGGGAACAAGGUAUUAUCACAACAGACUUGAAGAACUUUCUAAAGAAUUGGAAAUGCUUGAUGACCAGUAUGUUGAUGAAGACGACGAUGAUGAUGAUGAUCCGGAAGAGGUGAUCCAUCUGGGCCGCGUUGCAUAA